CAGAGUUGUGGCUUACAGAAGAGAUGAGAUGUGGUCCCAGGGACGAUAUGACUAUGAAAGUCUUCCGAGAGGACGGGGACCUCCGCAAAGUCACCCCAGUGACGAAUCUAGCUAUAAGUGGACAAGAGAUGAUCAUUCUACAAGUCAUCAGCCUGAAUACAGGGACACGAGGGAUGGCUUUAGAAGAAAAAGUUUCUACCCUUCCCCUUAUGUGAGAGACCAGUCUCCUCAUAAAAGAGAAAGUUCUUUUCUCAGAGAGUCACCUGUAAGCCGAAAGGAUUCUCCACACAGCAGAUCUGGCUCCAGUGUCAGUAGUAGAAGCUACUCUCCAGAGAGAAGCAAAACUUAUUCUUUCCAUCAGUCUCAACACAGAAGUAAAGAGAGACCUGUUCAGUCUUUGAAAACAUCAAGAGACACUUCACCCUCAAGUUCUUCAGCAGUUCCUUCAUCAAAGGUGCUAGACAAACCCAGUAGGCUACCUGAAAAGGAGCUUGCUGAGGCUGCAAGCAAGUGGGCUGCGGAAAAGCUAGAGAAGGCAGAUGAAAGUAACUUACCUGAAAUUUCUGAGUAUGAGGCAGGACCCACAGCACCAUUGUUCAUUGACCAGCCAGAAGAACCUGAGUCAAAUGCAACAGAUGACAUAGAAUUAUUUGAAGAUAGUCAGCUGAACAGUUGCUCUAAAGCAAUAGCAUCGAAAACCAAAGAGAUUGAACAGGUUUACUGACAAGACUGUGAAACUUUCGGGAUGGUUGUGAAAAUGCUGAUUGAAAAAGAUCCUUCAUUAUAAAAGUCUAUACAGUUUGCAUUAAGACAGAAUUUACAUGAAAUAGGAGAACGGAGUGUUGAAGAACUCAAGCAUUUCAUUGCAGAGUAUGACACUUCUAAUCAAGAUUUUGGAGAGCCUUUUUAGAAGAUCACUUGCUCAGGCAAAAAAAUGUUUCUAGGUUUUUUCCCCCCUGGAUUGUGUAAAUCCUUAAUAUAUGGAGUUUUUGUGAUGAAGAGAACUACUUUAUGAUAGUUGAUCACCUUUCCAAUAUCAAAUAAACAUCUAAAAUAGUCUAAGAUAUCUUAAUUAGAAUUUUCUUUACAUAUAGAGUCUCCUAAUCCAUACUUUUCCUCGCCCCUAAAAUGAUGGGUAAAUUGAUUUUUCAAGUCCUAGAGAACAGCUUCUGUACUUAUGUUUGUAGUAUUCCAUAAUAUGU